AUGUGCAACCAGGAAAUCGCUGCGAACGGCUGGACCGCCAUGCCCGCCAACGCGGGCGCCAUCUUUGGUGACCAGCCUUUCAUCAACAAGCCAGGCCCUCUCCCUCUGAGCGAGAUAAAGUUCCCCUUUGAUGAUCCUUUGGUUGCGAAGACCCUCAAGUAUGCGAAGGAGACCCUCCAUGCUGAGACCUUCAAUCAUUCCAUGCGAGUCUACUUCUACGGAAUGGCCAUCACCAAGCAGCAGUUCCCCGAGAAAUUCGCGGCCCUGAACCCGGCUACCUGGGCCUUGACCUGCCUGCUCCACGAUCUCGGCACUGCUGAGGAGAACCUGACCGCCACCCGUAUGUCCUUUGACAUCUACGGCGGCAUUAAGGCCAUGCGCGUACUUCAGGACUUCGGCGCCACCGCAGAUCAGGCUGAGGCCGCUGCCGAAGCCAUCAUCCGCCACGAGGACAUGGGCGUUGACGGAACCAUCACCUACAUCGGACAGCUCAUCCAGCUGGCCACUACCUACGACAACACUGGCUUCCACCCUCACGUUCGCAACUUCGGCCAGCUGAUUCACGAGUCCACCCGUACCGAGAUCAAUGAGACCUACCCUCGCAUCAAGUGGUGCACUUUCUUCUCCACCACUAUCCGCAAGGAGGAGAGCAUCAAGCCCUGGUGUCACUCAACUCACCUGGUUAACUUCGACAAAGAGAUCGAAGCCAACACUCUCAUGAAGAAGUGGGAAUAA